AUGUCUCAAUCAUGCCCGAUAGAGAAAUGCACUCGCAAAUCACGUGGACUUUGUGAUUGUUGUGAGCAAAAUCUGUGUCUACAACAUUUAAAUGAGCAUAAUACUUUACUCUUAUCUAAGCUAAAUCCUUUGGUUGAUGAAGUUAAUGAACUUGAAGAUCGUCUCAAAACACUAAAUAUGGAAACACUAAUUUGUGCAUCUCGUGAAAAACUUGAGCGAUGGAGAAAAGAUUGUUAUGAGAAGAUUGAUUCUUUUUUUGAGAAAAAGUCUCAAAUGCUCAAUGAAAUUAUUCAACAAGAGGUCGACCAACAACGGCAAGAACUCAAUCAAAUUCAUAUCAAAAUAAAUGAACUCAUGAAUGCACAAGAAACCACUCGUCAAGAAAUCGAUUUAUUUACAUCAACUAUUCGUCAACUAAAAACAAAUAUGGAGUACAUUGAAAAAACGUACUGCAAGAUCGAUACUCGCCCAUUAUUAAUCGAGGAUACAUUCGUUUUGAUAAAGAAAAUGGCUAAGCAUGAACUUGACCUGUCAACACUUUCUCCGGCUUACAAAACAAUUAAUCGUCCAGAAAAAAGUUUUAUAUCAUUGGCUGCUAAUGAUCAACACUUAUUGAUACAUCAGGAUCCAAAUUUAUGUUUUUAUGAUUUAGAAAUGAAUCUAGUCAAACAAACACUAUGGUCUCAUGGCGAAUUUUGGGAGAUGUGCUGGUCGAAAGCAAUACAAAAAUUUAUCAUACUUGGUGUAAACAGCAUCUUUCUUUUGGACGAAGAUACAAUGUCCAUCGAUAAUGUUUAUACAAUUGAAGGACGCACGUGGCUAUCAUGCACUUGUUCUGACAGAGUCUUCUACGCAAGUACACAUGAAAGUGGUGCAUCGAUAAUGGAAUUCACUUUAUCGCCUUCGAUUGAAUUUAUUAAGGAAUGGAAACAUCCCAUUACGUGUACUAAAGAUGAAAUUAUCUAUGACAUGGCUCACAAAAACGAAAAUCUGGCUGUGUUAGUUGGGAACAGAUCCGAUCAAUCAUUGCGUAUUGAACUGAGAUACGUUGAGACGCUCGAUUGCAUUUGGACAUUGGAUCUUCGUAUUAAGCGCGUUCAAAAUUUAGUUUUCCGUUUUUCUCCACUCACUUGUAAUGAAUGGCUUGUUGUGGACUAUCAAAAUGGAAAGCUAAUUCAAAUUUCAAGAGAUGGAAAAUUAAAGAUAAGCAUUCAAUACCAUACUGUUCCUCGUCGCGCUAUUUUGUUUGAUAUGAAUAAACUACUUGUAUCUGCAGAGAAUACCGUAUACGUGCACACAAUUGCAUGA